UAGUCAAAGCGGCCGCCGCGCCGGGGAGCUGGCCGGAGCCCGUCGAGCCGCCGCCGUCGCCAACUUCGAGCGCGCCCGGGACGCGCCGGGUAAGGAGGAGCCGGGGUGCGGGCGCGGCUGACCGGGAGAGCGGGGUCCUCGGCCCCGGCCCGCGAGCCUCGUUUCGGAGCCCCGGAGAAGCCGGUGGUUGCCAGCCGGACCCCAGAAACCUCCCAAGGUUCCGUGGAAACCGGAGUGAGCCGCGUCCGCUCUCGUGGCUUUCACUCUUGGCCGUCCGUCUUCGUUUUUGGAACUCGGUCAGGGUUGAAGACUAGCUUCCCCGGCCCGCUGUUUCAGACCUGCAGGUGCCUAUCCGAAAAGCCGGUGCGUGGCUGAAUUACUACAGACUUUUCAACAUGAAUUAUACGGAGUCCAGCCCAUUGGCAGAAUCAACCGUAAUAGCUUUUCCAUCUGAGUUAGGAAGUAUCGCACCCGUGCCUUCCAAUGAGACCACUUGUGAAAACUGGAGAGAGAUUCAUCAUCUGGUUUUUCAUGUAGCUAACAUUUGUUUUGCGGUUGGUUUGGUGAUUCCAACCACUCUUCACCUCCAUAUGAUACUGCUUAGAGUGAUGCUAUCCAUAGGCUGUACCCUCUAUGUAGUCUGGGCCACUCUCUACCGUUGUGCCUUGGAUAUGAUGAUCUGGAACUCUGUGUUCUUGGGUAUCAAUAUUUUGCAUCUUUCAUAUCUUUUGUACAAGAAAAGACCGGUCAAGAUUGAGAAGGAGCUGGGAGGUGUCUACCGCCGAUUGUUUGAGCCACUUCAAGUCCCUCCUGAUUUGUUUAGAAGGUUAACUCGGCAGUUUUGUAUGAUCCAGACCUUGAAAAAGGGCCAGACUUAUGCCACAGAGGAUAAAACCUCAGUUGAUGACCGUCUUAGUAUUCUCCUAAAGGGAAGAAUGAAGGUCUCCUAUCGAGGACAUUUUCUGCACAACAUUUACCCAUGUGCCUUUAUAGAUUCUCCUGAGUUCAGAUCAACACAGAUGCACAAAGGUGAAAAAUUCCAGGUCACCAUUGUUGCAGAUGACAACUGCAGGUUCUUAUGCUGGUCGAGAGAAAGACUGACUUACUUCCUGGAGUCGGAGCCUUUUCUCUAUGAAAUUUUUAGGUAUCUUAUAGGAAAAGACAUUACAAAUAAGCUCUACUCGCUGAAUGAUCCUACCUUAAAUGAUAAAAAAGUUAAGAAGCUGGAGACACAGGUGAGCCUGUGCACACAGAUUUCCAUGCUGGAGAUGAGGAACAGCAUCGCCAGCUCCAGUGACGGCGAGGACCUCCACCACUUCCUGCGGGGCUCCACCAGCGCAUCUUCUCUCCCCGUGUCGUCCCCGCAGCAGCGAGCCUCGGCCAAGAUGAAGCCGAUAGAGGAGGGCGCAGAAGACGACGAUGAGGUUUUUGUUCCGGCGUCUCCAGACCCGCUUAAAGCCCAUCAGUUGCCUUGAUCAGCAUCUUGUGACUGCGAUGGAGACUGUCCCGAUAAGCAAGACAAGUCCCACACUCUGCCGUGACUUUUGGGUGGUUUGCUCCGGACCUGCAAGAUGGGGAGUGAGGGAGGGCCACAGGGUGUGUGCUGCCUGUCCCGUCUGUCAGCUCCUUAACUGAGCUGGGCCUUCUGACGACUAGGCCUUGCUCUAUUUUGAGAUAUAUGUAUUUUUGCAGUAGACGUAUUAAUAUUAUUUUAAUUAAUCUUAGAGCUAUCAACACAAAUGCCUUUCACUUAUUUUUCUAAGUUGUGGCUCUUUGCUCACAUAUUUUUUUCUCUUAUCUUGGGGUUACCUAGAGAGACUGUCUUAAAACAACACAAUAGUUUUUUAAGGGCCAGCUGGUUUCAGAGCUGUGGUCAAGAGCACAGCCAUGGGGCAGAGGCUUCACCUGAGUAUUUGCUGUGAGGGCAUGGGUAUGGGUAUGGGUCUUUCUUUCCUACUAGUCUGGUUUUUAGGGAUGGGUGAUGUACUUAGCUUUGCCCAAGUCAUUUGGUUCAUCCAGCAGUAGCAAACAGGCCACUCAGCUGAGGCCACCGGCUGGCUCUGCUAGUCAUGCCCGUUAGUCACACUUGUGUCUUCCAAUCAGACCAACUUGAGCGAGCCCCCCGUCACAUUCAGUAGCGAAGAUAAGUUCUGAGUGAAUCUUCUUUGUGGGUGAACUAAGCCAAAAUGACAGGCUGAGUGGAUUUACUGGGCAGGUCUCUCAAGUUUGGAAAAAUGCACACAAGUGGAGACUUAGCCUUGGCUUGAAGGCUGUAGCUGUCAGGCAAGGGGACACUUGGUCCAUUAGCCCACAAAAGAUGUGAUAGGGUGGGUCUCCGUUUCCAUGAAACUACUUAGCUCACACCACAUGAGGCUAAUUUAGAAAGUCACCCUGGCAGUGACACCCCUGAGAAGGCAGGCAUAUCGGGUUCCACGGUACCCACGCUUCAUGUGUGGCCACCUGUUUCCAACCCCAGAUACUAGAGAAGGUCACCUCUGCUGACCUGCCUGGAUCUAGUUGAGGCAUUUGCCUGCUGGGAAUGAAUCUGUUUUAAAAGCACACCGUUGGAAGUGGGUCGCUUAGAAUCGCUUACCUCUCCCAUGGAAACGUGUGCGUAUCACUGUCGCCGAUAACGAAGAUCAUAAUCUCAUGGUGAGGAAUCUUCAGGGAGCCGCUUAGUCUGAGUCAGAAACCUGAAACUAUUUUUAAAGACAUAUCUCCAAGGAAGACAAAGAGACUUGGAGAACAGGAGUCCUAAGCCAUUGAAUAGCCCUCCCACGCAGACUUGACUGCAAGGGAGUAGAGAAGAAAACAGAAAAAGCGUCUCAAGGGUCAGAUCUACGGACAACUUUAGAUUCAUUUACACAGGUGAGCAAGCGUAUUUUUGUACAAAGCAUAGAGUAAUAGAUUGAAGGAUGUUUGUGCCAGUCUCCUAGGAGAUGCUUUCUUUGAUUUUAGCAUUCAGUGAGCUCUGAGACCAAGGUUCAGAAAACGCUCUGCGGAAAUUAUUCUGUCUAUGUCCCUGCUCUAUGUUUAAAUGUAGCAUCAAGUCAGUUGUAUGACUCUAGAGUACAGUAUUUAUACCAAGAUGUAUCUGUCAUUUAGAAUGUUUUGAAAGCCCUUGGAACAUUUAUAUUUAUAAAUCAGAUAGCACAGAUAGAAUACAGACCUGCAGCUACAUUUAUCUCUCUUACAUCAGUCACUAUGGGUGCUGUCGCCUUAUUAGUGUUUUCUGAACGCUGUUUCUCCCUGGCACCCUGGCACCCUUCACCCAUCAGGCACCGUUUGUGCGCUGCUGCUUGCUGUGGGCCAGAGGACUCAGGAUCUGGCUCUCCUUCUAUUUCCUUCUGAAGAUUUUGCUGUUAUUUUUUUUUUUUUGGGGGGGGGGAGGAGCUGUUUAUUUUUUAACUCAGAGCCAUCAGUUUCUGCUUUCUGCUCCCGUUGAGGUCCUAAACACAGAAGCACUUGGAUGCUGGGAAAUCUUUAGGAAAAGCCAGUGUGGCCUGCACACUUCCAUGCCGCCAGCACACAGGGUCAAUGCACGUCCUCCAGGAAAGUCCCAUGGGAGAAGGUGGUGGCUUUCAGCCACCCAGCCCUGCCGUCAGGGCUCAGCGCUUGUCUCCCCACACCCGCCCAGGGCGGCACUCCAGGGGCUUCUUUUCAUUUGAGGCCAUUUGACUGGUCAUGUCUACAGCUGCUCUACAAAAACCUUUGACCCUGCCAUGCCUGUUUCCUUCCGUUCUCCGGUCCCCAAGUUUCCUUUGCCAUCACCAACUCUAGUGAUUGGAGUUCUCACCCACUCAGCUCAGUCUCCAGGGGAAGCUAGAGCACGCACAUGCUUCCGUUGUGCUACGCGUAGGACAACACUGUCACCAGCAGCAGCCGGGUUUUGAUUGUCACAGCCCCUCGGAACACCUCAGGUGUGAUGCCAUAUCGUCCAUAUUAUAAUUUAAGGAAACGGAUUGAUUGCAAGUGCCAUUUGUAGGCUUUCUGUUAAACCUGCAAGCUCAUGUUAAGAUGAAGAAUUUCACGAACGCUUUAUGCAGACACAUUAUAGGAAACUACAGGUGCCAUUUACAUUGGUUUACUUUACAUUGAGAGUGUAUGCUGAGUGUAUAAUGUUAUAGUUCAAACUCAUUUCAUACACUGUCAUUUGAUCAAAUAAAAUGUUUUUGUUUUGUUUUGUUUUUUUACUCAGAACAGUGUGUGUUUUCUGUUUCACGCCUCUUGCACUGAGGGCUUGGCCUUUACUCCAUUCCCAGGAGCAGGGGGUGGGCCAGUCAACUACAGAUGUUAAGGGAGCCACUCUGCCGAGCAGCCCUGAGAUGUUGGGUUGUUUUUGUAAGUUACCCAGGGUCUGGUGUCUUGACUCCCUUUGGCCAGCAUAAGAGAAUGCUGCAAGGCAGUGUCAGCAGUCGGACUGGACACAACUCCAAGACCUUUGGGAUGUCCCCUCUGGGACAGAAAGUCACAAUUCCUGAGCAUUCUCUCUAGUUCUGAAAGGUCCGGUAUCUCAGC